AUGAAGCGUCCAUGGACUGAUGCCACUUCGAAAACACGUGAAUGCUACAUCCGUAAAGCUAGUACAAUUAUCUCAGAGGUCUUAAAAACCGUAGCGCCGCAGUCCGCUCCAGAAUUGUGGGAGGCAGUGAGAGGAAAGAACGAAGUUAGCCACCUCCUUGGGUCUGUGCAUAAUGGCAGUGAUCUACUAUUAGCUGUAGUGGAGUCUUACAAGCAAGCGGACACAUCCGAGACAAGGCGUCAACUAUUAAGUCUCGUGGCCAGUAAAGUGACCUAUGCAGAACUGGUAGCACACAUACCUCGACUAACAAGAUAUGAGUUCACGGCGGCAAGACGAUACACGCUUGAGGUAGGCGCAGGACUUACUGUACAGUCGGAGGCCAAACAGAUAAGACAAAAAGUGGACCCUGCCAAAAUAGAUCACUUUCUGGACUUUAUCACGUCUUCUACAAUCGUCCAGGACCUCCCAUUUGGUCGGAAAACCCUGACAUUAAGCAGCCGCACACAGAUCGACAUUCCCAAUGUAAUAAGGACAGUGUUGCCAUCUCGUCUGAUCAAGCAAUAUAAUCAAUAUUGCAGUGAAGUGAAUUACGCUCCACUCUCGAGCCGUACGCUGUUUAGAAUUUUGUCUGAGGCAUGCGUGGCGUCAGUUCAAAAGAGUUUACAGGGGCUAGACAGCCACGCGGCAGAAGGCGGGCGCGGAUUUGAUGAUCUAUUAUCGCUCCUUGACACCCUGGUGAAAUAUGGGGCUAAUGAGGCUGUAAUUGCAGAACUCAAGGACAACUUUAGAUACCUAAAACAGUACAUCAAAAGUGAUUACAAGGUAAAUGAUUAGUGCCUAUAUAGAGUCUGCACAUGCAUUUUCAUCGUGCGAAGGUGUAACAGCAUGAUUGUCUCGUUCACAGAUCCACUGCUCCUUGGCUAGUACUAUUCCUGACCACUGCAGAGUAUUUGCACUCAGUGAUGCUAAAAGGGAGAGCAAUCGCCACCACUGUGAUCACCAACAUAAUCAACGUUGUGAGAGCUGCGAGACCUUGAAGACUGUAUGUAGCCAAUAAUAAGUAAACCCGGCCUAGGGCAAGAUAAUUCUAUCUAAUUAUAUCUUAUAUCUCUUUUAGUCUUUAGACUCAGUUUUGUCCUUUAUCCAGUCAACCAACCUCCCGCAGGACCUUCAGGAUGACCUCCUAUUUAAUGCAAGAACCGCAGGUGACGGAGUACGUUCCUGGAAGGCUCACCAGCUGCGCAUGGUUCACCAGGAUACAGCCAGAACAGAUAUCAUUGAUAGUCUUCAGGAGGACUCGGUGCUGAUCACACAGGAUUUCGCCAUGAAGUUCUUACCCACCCAGUACAGGGAAACGCAGGCUGAUUUCUUUGGUAAGAGAGGUAUCUCUUGGCACUUGACAGUUUGUCAGAGCAAACAGCGAGGGGAGCUGGUCGCGCAGACGUUUGUGCACAUAAUUGAGUCGGGUCUACAGGACAGCCACACAGUAGUAACCGUGAUGGAGCAUGUACUGAAAACCUUGAAGCAGGAACACUCCGAGUUAACCAGAGCUGUCUACCGCCAAGACAACGCAGGCUGCUAUCACUGCGCAAAUACCAUUCUAGCCAGCAAAAUACUGCGAGAGAGAACCAACAUGGAUCUCUACCGGAUUGAUUUCAGUGAUCCACAAGGUGGUAAAGGUCCAUGCGAUAGGAAAGCAGCGCAAAUCAAGACGCACGUGAAGCAAUACAUCAACCAAGGUCACUCCGUCACAACACCUGCUGACCUUAAGAAGGCUAUAGAGUCCGAUGAGGGCAUUGCGGGUGUGCGAGUUGCGUUUGUUCCUGUUCCCAAGACCACAGUGAAAACAAAGAGUAUCAAGUGGGAAGGCAUCAGUAGUUUGUCCAACUUCGAGAUCACGCCAGCGGGUGUAAAGGCCUUCAAGGCGUACGGUAUUGGUGCAGGGAAUUUCCGAUCCUGGACGUCAUUUUCAGGUAUGUUCAACCAAGAGGUGGUAAAGGAAAAUUACUCGCGUUCGUGUUAAAAUGGAUCUCAGUCCGCUAUAUUAUACUGGUUUCAUAGCACGCACACUUUACCCAUUUGUUCUCAAAGGGGAUGCAUGGUAAUACUUAACAAUAAAGCUAUAACCCCAUGCCACUAUAUCAUAACUUAUACCCUUAUUAAUAAAAACUUGCUUAUUUUGGUCUUUUCUCUCAGGAAUACCACACGAUAACCAGUUUGAAUGGAUAGCUGAAAGGCCAGGGAAAGGAGACUUUGUGUCAGUGAAACCUAGACAGCCAAAGCCGGCGACAUCCCAUACAGAUAGCCUACUCAAGGAGGGCUCUACCCCUGAAAUAACCCAACAAGCAAAUACCCACCUAGCUGAUAGUCUCCUGUUUCCAUGCCCAGAGGACGGAUGCACCAAGUCCUACAUGACAUACGGACGGCUGGAGCAGCACCUCAUGUACGGUAAACACCAAUUCCGUCGGACCGAGAGUGUCUCACUUAUUGAUCGAGCGAAGGUCAGUUACGCAGAGCGUCUUGAGGCUGGAGGGAGCCAUCCUGAAGUGACGAUACCGGAUACAAAAAUACAGAGUGGUUCCCCUUGUCUGCCAGAGGGAUGGGCUUGUCGGGAGUCCGCCGUGCCACGCCAUCGGUUUAAUUCCAAGCAAAGGAGGUACUUGGAGGAAAAGUUUAAACAUGGCGAGACCAAGGGGAUUAAAGCAAACCCAGAUGACGUCUCGAAGGAGAUGAGAUGUUUGAGAGAUCAGAGCGGGAAGCGAAUCUUCACGGUAAAGGAGUUCCUACGUCCACAACAAAUCACCUCAUUCUUCUCUAGGAUGGCAUGUAAGAGAAGAGAUGCCACCGACUCCGAUGAUGAGGCUGAAGAAUUUGCGAGGCAGCAGGCGGCCGUCCACUCGGAUGUGACGGAAGUGUUACGGCAGGAAAUCACUCAUCCCUUGCUUUUCUCUGGCAAAAACCUGAGCUUGAUGACAGAGUCAGAGAUCGAAAGCCUCAAGAUCACUCAGAUGCGUUCCAUAGUUAGUCACUUUUCCAUUAAAGUUAAAGCUCGAAAGAAGAAUGUCUAUUCUGUUGCUAUUAUUGAAUUUUUGAAAAGGUGCUCCUGUAAGCAGUAA